AAAAUCUGAGGCAGGAUAUGAGGGAGUAUAAGAUAAGAUGUGUCACAACCUUGAUUAGAACCCAAGAGUUCGGUAAACACUGGGAUGACUGGACUUUCCACGUUUUAAUGCUCAGUGCCAGCAAAGCACUGAUUGGCUCCUGCGAAGAUGCCCAAGUGAAUUUAAGCUGGAAAAAUUUGAAAGGGUUUGCACUCGCUGCCUUGUUUCAAGCCCAGAUAUGGCGAUGAGAGGGACACUGCUUGGUUUUACAGCCCUGCUGUUCUGUGGUAUGUCCUUCGCUGGGCCCACUGGAAGACAGUUUGCUAUAUCCUUCAUGCAGAAUUACAUGGAAACACGGCAUGAGCCUAGACGAUUUCUGGUUGAGGUUUUUAAUCCAUCUGUCAAACUGAGCGCCAGUGUGAGAGUAACAGCGCUGGGAAACGUCUAUGAGAAAACUGUGCAACCAGGACAAGGAGAAUUCUUCGAGCUGCCCAAUGAGGUGGAGAUGUUUGGAAGUGCAAAAAACCAACAAACAGUACAAGUGGAAUCUGACCAAGACAUUUUAGUGUCAUCUCUCAACUAUAAGAUCUUCUCAACAGGUGCUUCAGUAAUCUAUCCUGUCAACGAAUGGGGAACAGAGUACUAUGUUUUUACCCCAAGGACACCGAAGUCCCGUAAGACAAUUCCAAACGCCUACAAAGAGUUCUCCAUCAGCAACUACAAGGACAAAAAUUCAGUUCAGGUCCACUUGACCAGCGGAGUGAUAUUCCAGGGGCAAAGUUACCCUAAAGGAAGCACACUCGUAAUUGAUUUAGAACCUUUUGAGAGCGUCCAGAUCCAAACUGAAGAAGAAAAUGAACGAAGACUAUAUAACCCCCAUGUAGGAGAUCUGUCAGGCUCCAGAAUUAUAGCUCAGAGACCGGUGGCAGUCUUCACAGGCCACAGCUGCACCUGGUUUUAUACUGGAUGUGACCAUGUGUAUGAACAACUACUUCCUGUCAGCAGCUGGGGGAAAGAAUUUAUUGUUGUAUCCAUUGCCUACCAGAAACCUCAGAACAAAUUUGAUACCGUCCACGUUCAAGCUUCUCAAAACACAUUAGUGACAGUGAGCGGUCAGGAUGGAACAGCCUCAGAAAAACAAAUGAAGGCUGGAGAGAUGUAUGAAAUACACCUGAAAUGGCCAGAAUCCCUGUACAUCACUGCUGAUCAAGGCAUUCAAGUGCUUUAUGAGUUUAACGGCGGAAUCAACAAAGAAGGAGUGCUGAAUGACCCUUUCCUGAUGAACAUCCUGUCAACUGACCACUUUAGCACAUCCUACACACUGGUCACGCAACCUGGUUUCACAAACGAAGCAUUGGUAGUAAUGCACAGCAAGGACAUUGAUGGACUGAAAUUAAACAACCCCCUGAGGUCAGAAGAUCUUAUGUGGAACACCAUUGGCAGAACUGAAUACUCAUGGACACAACUGAGUUGUGGUGUGGAGUCAAGCUUCCAUCAGGUUUCCCAUCCAUACUCGCCGUUUGGCCUCUAUAGCUUUGGCGUGUCCCGUGUCAAUGGUUAUGGGACCUCAGCCUUCAGCAAUAUACGAGUUGAAAUCCAAGACUGCAGCACCAUCAUAUGUUUAGAAGGUGAAAGCUGUGAAAUGGUUGGCAAUAAAGCCUUUUGUCACAUAAUACAACCCUCAACUACACCUCCACCUCCCUCCACAGCUCUACCUAUACCUACAACUCCACCUAUACCUCCCACUAUACCUCCACCUCCCACUACAGCUCUACCUGUACCUACAACUCCACCUAUACCUCCCACUACAACUACAACUACCACAACAACUACACCUACACCUCCCACUACUACUACUACAACUACAACUACCACAACAACUACACCUACACCUCCCACUACUACUACUACUACAACUACAACUACCACAACAACUACACCUACACCUCCCACUACAGCUCUACCUAUAUCUACAACUCUACCUAUACUUCCCACUACAACUACACCUCCCACUACAACUAUCACAACUACACCUACACCUCCCACUACAACUACCACAACAACUACACCUACACCUCCCACUACAACUACGCCAUCCACUACCACCACCACUGCCCCCUCUAUCCAUCCCCCUUCUGUACCAGUGGGGACUUGCUGGGUCAUGGGUGAUCCACAUUAUCGCACAUUUGAUGGCACCUACUACAACUUCAUGGGCAACUGCAUGUACAUCAUGGCAAAGAACUGCCGUGAAGACAGUGAACACCCAGCCUUUGAAGUACAGGCCAAGAAUCAACGCGUUGGCAGCUCAAAAUCCACUUCUGUAGAGAUGGUGAAAAUUACGGUCUAUAAAACCACUGUCACCAUUGUCCGGCACCAAACUGGGCUUGUUAUAAUUAACAACUCACUGUGGAACCUUCCCAUUACCCUGGACAAUAACAGAGUGAAACUCACGCAGAGUGGUCUCUCAGUAGUUCUGGAGACAGACUUUGGUCUAUCAGUGCAGUAUGACUGGGAGCAAUAUCUGGUGGUGAAGAUCCCAGAAAGCUUUAUGGGAAGAAUGUGUGGAAUGUGCGGAAACUUCAACGGGAAGAAGGAUGAUGACCUCACUACUCCCAGUGGCUCUGUGGCGAGCAGUAUUCCAGCACUGGGAAAGAGCUGGAGGGUCCCAGGUUUACCUGAGGAUUCCACCUGCACUGAUGAUUGUACAGGGCAGUGUGAGAGCUGUAAAUCAGAACCAUGGUAUGAUCUCUUAGCAGCAAAGGGUUUCUGCGGCUUUGUUGCGAUUCUCUCUCACGGUCCACUCCGAAAAUGCAAUACUCUUAUUGAUACUGAUGUGUUUUAUAAGAACUGCCUGCUGGACUAUUGUAUGGGAAAGGGAUACAAGACUUUUCUGUGCAGAACUGCACAGACUUACACGGAUGCCUGUCAACGUUCGGGAAUACAAGUGUAUGACUGGAGAAACCUCCUUGGCUGUCCUAACCCACAGUGUACUGAAAACAGCCACUUUGAAUACUGUGGAACUCCAUGUCCUGCCACCUGUGAGAACCCUGAUGCUCCUGCAACAUGCAAAGUGGCCUACUGUGUGCAGGCCUGUGUCUGUAAUGAGGGAUAUUACCGCAGUGGUAACAAGUGUGUUCCUAAAGCUCAGUGUGGCUGUGUGUACAGUGCUGAUGGGGAGAAACGCUACUUGGAAGCAAACCAGACCUUUUGGGCAGAUGAUACCUGCCAAAAGCAGUGCACCUGUAAUCCAAACACCAAACAAGUGGACUGUAAAGCAACCAGCUGUCCAUUUGGGCAGGAGUGCAAAGUCGUCAAGAACAUUAGAAACUGCUACCCAGUUUCCACAGGAACCUGCAACAUCUACGGUGACCCCCAUUACAACACUUUUGACGGCAGCACCUACACCUUCCAAGGCACUUGCACUUACACUGCUGCUCAAGGCUGCCACCUGGAGGGAACCCAACUCACUCCAUUUGAAGUUGUAGUAGAGAAUGAGAGAUGGUAUGGGAUCCAGCUAAGUCCAAAUGUUUCUGCAGCUAAAGUUGUUGCUGUGGAGGUGUACGGUAUGACCUUAGUGCUGCGGAGGAAUCAGCUACACCAGAUAAUGAUAAAUGGGAUCUUGACCAACAUCCCUGUGAAUCUGAACGAGGGAAAAGUGAUAGUCCAGCAGGAGGGAUAUCAAAAUGUUAUCACGACAGACUUUGGCCUGAGAGUCGCGUAUGAUAUGGUUUUCCACGUCAGCAUCACACUGCCCAGCAGCUACCAUGGGAAGACCUGUGGCUUGUGUGGAAACUUCAAUGGUAACAAGAACGAUGACUACAUGCUGCCAGACGGUAAAGAAACCAAAAAUAUUCAGACAUUCGGAGCUGCGUGGAUGGUGGCUGUUCCUGGUGUUGUGUGUGAUGAUGGCUGCAGUGGAGACUUCUGUCCAAAGUGUCCUGCAGACAAGAAAGCUAUAUUUGAAAAUGACUGCAGCAUUAUAACCAACCCUGACGGUCCAUUCGCUGCUUGCCACAGUGUCAUUAAACCUGAAUCCUACUUCAGAGAUUGUGUCUAUGAUGUCUGUAUGGGUGACGGAGAUUCAGACAUGCUCUGUCACAGCAUCGCUGCUUACAUGAUCGACUGCCAGGACUUUGGAGUCACUGUUGAAAACUGGAGAACAACAACAUUUUGCCCUCUCAAAUGUCCUGCAAACACCCACUAUGAAAUCUGCGCUCAGUCAUGUGACACGCCCUGUCCUGGACUCACUGAAAUCAUUAACUGUGAUGUUCAGAUCUGUGCUGAAGGCUGUAUGUGUAACUCUGGAUUUUAUAAUGAUGGGACAGGAUGUGUUAAAGCAGAUCAGUGCAGCUGUUAUGAGAAUGGACACACAUAUAAGAUUGGUCAGACUGUCAUUACAGAAGACUGUCAGGAGCGUCUGACUUGUCUUCCCUCUGGUGAAGUAAAGCAUGAGAGCAUGAAGUGUAAUAAUGAUGAAGUUUGCAGAGUUAAGGAUGGAGUACUUGGGUGCCAUCAAAUGCAAUGCAUGAUGGAGGCUGGAGGCUCCUUCACGCUCUUUAGUGGAGAAGCAUGGACUUUCACAUCUACAGGAGCUUUUGAUUUAGUGAAAGUGUGUGAUGACGCCGUGGAGCUUGAAUGGUUCCGUGUGGUGGUGCAGGUGCAAGCCUGUGGGCAGACAGGUCUGAGGGAAGUUGUUGCUUUGCACGUGUUUUUUGAAGCUAUGUCUAUUACUGUCAGUGCAAAGCAGGAGAUCUGGGUCAAUGGUAAGAAGAAAGCUACUGUGGAAAGAAAUGGAAUCUCAGUGAGCGUUCAAGAGGGAAUUGUUGUCAUUACUAAGGGAUCUGAACUCACAGUGUCCUACAGUUUAUCAGAGGAGAUUAUAGUGACUGUGAACGAGGAUAUGGCUGGUCAAGUUUGUGGAGCCUGUGGAAAACUCAGUGCUAAUCAACCCAUCACUGUUAACAAUAAGGACCAAAGCUCCUACAUGAACAAGAACAAAGCACUUGACUUUCCACAAUGUGGGAUGUAAACAUCACAGAACAGCUACUGCAAAGACAGCGCUUCUCACUGUACCGCCCUGAUUUUUUUAUUUUUUCUGAAGCAAUGAUUUGUAUUCGGUCCUGCUAAAAAUAAUAUUCAUUGUUAACCGUUAAAGCCAUUCAAAUAUUAAUGUGCACAUUGAAACAUGCCAAUAAACAUGAACAAUAAAACAACUUACUAUCCAA